AUGGCCGGAAAACAACAUCCCCUCGCUUUACCGACCUCCCUUUCCCCAGACCAUCUCGAUACGUUGUCGGAGCUGUCGAUCGUCCUCGCCAAGGUCCGAGCCGGCAUCCAAUCUUCGAAUGGCAUCGCAACUGGCAGUGGAGCAAGCCCUGGUGGUGUUAGCACUCAAGGACAGCAGUUGUCGUUCAAAGAUGUUCCCGGCGCGACGGAUGCUUUGAAACACAAGUUGCAACAUGCCAGGGCGCAAGUUCGAGCACUGCCAGACAUGCACCGCUCGAUAGAAGAGCAAAAUUGCGAAAUAAAAGAGCUGGAAGCUCGCAUUGAGAGGCAGCGCGCUCUCUUGGAGAGACUACGAGAGGGGGAUCUCAGAUUCAAUGCCGACGAUGGCACAAGUGCAGGCGUCAAAACAGAAAAAUGA